AUUCACUAGAUUGUGCUACAUCUUCACAUACAAGGGAAGGUUCUCAUCAGGUUAGCAUGGCUACGAAAAUGGCUACCAUUGAUAAAGCGGAAGAGCUCCUGGAAAAACUUAGGAGUGCUUCAUGGGAUGCUGCAGUUCAAGACAUGGAGGACCUAAAACAUAUCGCUAAGACUCAAGGAGCGAAAGAAUCUGAUGAUAUGAGCCAUUGGGACAUUGACUUCUGGAGUGAGAGGCUGCGUGAAUCAAAAUAUGACAUCAAUGAGGAAGAACUACGCCCAUAUUUCUCUUUGCCAAAAGUAAUGGAGGGCCUUUUCAACCUUGCAAGUACACUUUUUGGAAUUGAGAUUGGGGCUGCCGAUGGACUAGCACCGGUCUGGAACAAUGAUGUUAAAUUUGAGAGUGCUAGUAUGAACACCUAG